CCUCCUCUCAAACAUCCUCAUCCCCCUCUCCUGUUCCUCUACCUCUCGCUUGCUUUGGAUCUCCUAUCGUCCCCAAAACUAGGGUUUCGAAGGAUCUAGGGUUCGGCGAUCCCUCUCUCUCUGUGGCUCUGUGUCCGCGAUCAUGUCUUCCUUCAGCGGCGAUGAAACGGCCCCCUUCUUCGGAUUCCUCGGCGCAGCCGCGGCGCUCGUCUUCUCCUGUAUGGGGGCGGCGUACGGGACGGCGAAGAGCGGGGUCGGGGUGGCGUCGAUGGGCGUGAUGCGGCCGGAGCUCGUGAUGAAGUCGAUCGUGCCCGUGGUCAUGGCUGGUGUGCUCGGGAUCUACGGCUUGAUCAUCGCCGUGAUCAUCAGCACGGGGAUUAACCCUAAGGCCAAGUCGUAUUACCUCUUCGAUGGAUACGCGCAUCUCUCCUCGGGGCUUGCUUGCGGUCUCGCUGGGCUCUCCGCUGGCAUGGCUAUCGGGAUCGUCGGCGAUGCUGGAGUUAGGGCAAACGCACAGCAGCCAAAGUUGUUUGUUGGGAUGAUUCUUAUCCUUAUUUUCGCUGAAGCUCUCGCCCUUUAUGGCCUCAUUGUUGGCAUCAUUCUCUCCUCUCGUGCCGGCCAAUCUCGGGCUGAGUAGAAAAGCACGUGCAGCUUGGCUGUAGUCUGUAGAUGUUCUCAAACGGUUUGUUGUAUUGGCUGAGAAGAGCAAGCCAAGGCUUAUAUCUAAUUUUUGCUUCUGCUCGUGGAUAUUAUUUUACUUCACGGAUGAUUGAUCGAUUUGUCUAUGUAUUCUGCUGUUUGUUACUAAUGCAGAGUGAACUGCUGAUUAAGUCUUAUAUUUACGCCGUAGGGCUGGGUUUCGGAUAUCUUUCCUGUAUGUUACAAAUAAAUUAAGAGCAUGUAUGAAGGAAUAAGGCUGCUGAAAAACAAUCUUUGUAUUUGUUGUGUCUUUUUGUUCAUUUAUAUAUAUAGAACUAGAACUAUAUGUAAGCAAUAUUUACUGGUGGAUCAUCAUUUAUUGUUUCCUUUAA